CGGCGGAAGGAUACCAAACUAGCGCGCGCUACAGAGCGCGAGUCCACGUGAAAGUUACAGCUGUUCUCUUGACAUUGUGAACGUGCAGCUGCAGCUGUCUUAGCAAUGUGACCGCCUCCUUCUUGCUGCUUAUCACAGUGGCCCAGUUAAAGUACAGAUUACUGUACAACCUCCUGCGGAAUCAGCACUUCUUUCAACAUAUAACACUCGAGGCAAAGGCAGCUUGCUCUUUUUCAGCCAUCGUGCCAGGACACACAGCUACUCCCUCCCAAAAACAAAAGCAACAACAACUACUAGCAAUAUAUUAAAUAGUAGCAAUGACCACCGAACAGCCGAUCUUCUCCAAAGGGGAGAACUGCAAGCAAGGCUGGCACGACGCGAGCGCCGAUUACAAUGAGACCGACACACACCUCGAGAUUCUGGGGAAACCUGUCAUGGAGCGCUGGGAGACUCCGUACAUGCACUCUCUCGCAGCUGUCGCAGCGUCUAAAGGUGGACGUGUCCUUGAGAUUGGCUUUGGCAUGGCCAUAGCUGCCACCAAAAUUGAAUCUUUUCCUAUCGAGGAACACUGGAUCAUUGAGUGCAAUGAGGGUGUGUACCAGAGGUUGCAAGAAUGGGCCAAAUCUCAGCCACACAAGAUUGUUCCUCUUAAAGGCCUGUGGGAAGACGUGAUUCCUACCCUCCCUGAUGGUCACUUUGAUGGAAUCCUUUAUGACACAUAUCCCUUGUCAGAGGAAACAUGGCACACUCACCAGUUUAACUUCAUUAAGGCUCAUGCUAAGAGGCUGCUGAAGUCUGGUGGCGUCCUCACCUACUGCAACCUCACCUCCUGGGGCGAGCUGCUCAAGUCCAAAUACAACAAUAUCGACAAAAUGUUCCAGGAAACACAGGUGCCUCAGCUGCUAGAAGCUGGAUUCAAAAAGGAGAAUAUUAGCACCACGCUGAUGGACAUCAAUCCACCAAGUGAUUGCAAAUACUAUUCCUUCAACAAAAUGAUCACACCAACUAUACUUAAAGAAUAAGCUACAGGCCCAAGCUGCCUGCAUACAUACCUGUCUACUGUGCUUUUUGUGUCUUAGAAUUUUUUAAAAAUGCUAUCUGUUGUACAGGAACAGUGUAAAAAAAAAAAAAAAAAAAUCCUAAAAUUUUGUAUAAUUGAAAUUCUGUGGUGGGAGUCAUGAAAUGUGCAUAAAUAUUCAUGCAAAUAAAAAGCACAAGACUAUAUAAUUAUGAUCAAAAUAUUAUUUCACAAUGAUAAAUUCCUUGUCUAGAAUCAACAA